AUGCGGCUCCUAAACGCACGGACUUUUAAACUAAAAACCUUCUUUAAUAAUAUCCCGCCAUAUGCCAUCCUCUCUCACUGCUGGGAGGAUGAAGAGGUCGUGUACUCUGAUCUAGAUGAUCUAGAACAGGCUAGGAAGAAGGAGGGCUUUGCGAAACUCCAAAAGACUUGCGAACUCGCCAUUGAAGAUGGAUUCGACUACGCGUGGAUCGACACAUGCUGUAUUGACAAGAGCAGUAGCGCUGAGCUUUCGGAGGCUAUCAAUAGCAUGUUUGCAUGGUACAGGAACUGUGAUCGAUGCUACGCUUAUCUUGCCGACGUCGAACUCCGGGGCGCUUUCAUGGAUGGUCCUUUCGCGUGGCAUAGCAACACGUUUCCACUUAGUAAAUGGUUCAAACGUGCUUGGACGCUACAAGAGUUACUUGCUCCUAGCAACCAGACUUCUGGUACAGAACCGGGCAUGAAGUUCUACUCCCGCGACUGGCAACUUCUUGGCAACAAAGCCAAUAUUGGCAUGCGGAUAUCGAAGAUCACAGGCAUCCCUAUAGAGUACCUAGAGGGCCAGAGUUUGGAAACCGCAAGCGUCAGCAUGCGUAUGUCAUGGGCCGCAGACAGACAAGCAACGAGAUCUGAGGAUAUCGCUUAUUCCCUCCUCGGAAUCUUCGACGUCAACAUGCCAUUGCUGUAUGGUGAAGGGAAGGCGAAGGCGUUCAGAAGACUGCAGGAAGAGAUCAUGAAGAUAUCCGAGGACGAAACGCUCUUUUCGUGGGAAAGCUCGGAACUUGGGACGAACCAGUUGACUGGAGAUGUGCUUGCGGGUAGUCCGAACGAUUUUCGAGAAGCACGGGAUCUAAUACCCUUCGCUUCAGAUGAUCCCGUGGCUCCUUACGCCAUGACCCACAGAGGUCUACGUAUAUGGCAGAUGCUUUUUCAUACUGAACAGCUCAGUGAAGACGACCGUGCCAAGCUUCGACCGCUUCGCUCGCCAGUCAUGAUCUGGUCCGGUUUCGAUAUCGUUUGGGUGAUCUUGAAAUGCCACGUCGUCCACGAUUACCAACACUUCGUGAUUGUACCAUUGCGACACUUAUCCGCGGAUGUUUAUCUUCGAGACAUCAGUUCCAGCGUUUCCUUAAUCCCGUAUGGAUCGAUACCGGCUGCUACUUUUUCAAAAGAGAUCUAUAUCCGCAACACUCAUACCUCAACAAUCCCGAAGGGUGUUCGGCGACGAUGGGGUUUUCUUGUACGCAAGCCUCCGGAAGGCAUUGAGAUACGACAGUGUUACCCGAAGGAAGCCUGGAACGUGAAAGACAAAAUCCUUCAGGGCAAGGCGGACGACACUGGACCUUCAUCUUGGCACGCAGCCUUGGAAUUGAACUUGAGUUUGGCCACCAGAUCGGGACAUACUGCCAAGUAUAUGGUAUUCUUAGCUCUAGGGUGCAGACAUGAUGAAACUGCGGGGCGGCCAAAGGCUUGGUGUCACAUUGAUGACACUAUCUGGUAUAGUCCUGUAAACCUGGAAGCAUUCUACCAAGUUGUAGCGUCCAGGCCUGCACAACAUGAGGUUCGGCGAUUUAGUGCAGACAAUGCGACGAGAUUAGACCUUACUCUCAAGGUUACCAUUACCCCCACGAAGGUCCUUUCGCAAGACAUGUUCGUUGUAGACUUUCAGUACGCAGAACUCCGGGACCAACUAGAUACAGCGGCACGUAGCUCUAAUCGACAGCUGCUACCUCCUAGUACGUCGCUUCCGACGAAAUACCCCGGUUCCAACGAAAUACCCCGGUCCCGCCUUCCACACCCGGGUUGA